GGGUCAGUCUGUAGUUUUGUCGCGAAUCUAUUGUGCUGAUAUAAACAGUUAAAUAAGUCUAACUGCAGUACUAUCGAUGUAUUAUUGAUAAUAUUGAUAUCAAUAUGAAUUUUAUCAUCUUUCAAUAAAAUUAUGUAAGAUUUCUUUCAUUCGAUUCAAUGUGUGGUAAAGUGUUGGUGUGAAUUCUAUAAUGGGGAAGAAAACAUGGAUAACGCCGUUCAAAAAACAGUGUUUCGUGACGCUUGGCGUGUCACUGAAUAUGGCAAGUCAUGGGUUGGUGAUGGGCUUCGCGGCCAUCCUGCUACCGCAGCUGCGUCGGCCCGACUCCAUCAUACCCAUUGAUGACACCGCGGGCUCAUGGAUAGCCUCCAUUCUGGGCUUCGCAUUGGUGGCCGGUAACUUCAUAGUCCCCACAAUAAUGGCCAAGUACGGCAGGAGAACGGCCAACCUCGUGAGCAUCGUGCCAAUGAUCGUGGGCUGGUUUUGCAUCAUCACCGCAACUAACAUCACCGUGCUCCUCAUCGCCAGGUUCCUCCAGGGCAUCGCGAUGGGCAUGAGUGCGACCCUUGGGCCCGUCCUCAUAGGGGAGUACACCAGUCCCAGUAACAGAGGUGCAUUUUUAACCACCAUUUCAUUGACUAUAGCCACUGGAGUCCUCGUCGUCCACACUUUAGGAUCUUACUUAGCAUGGCAGACAGCAGCACUGGUUUGUGCAUUUAUAGUCUUCGUGGAUUUACUAAUCGUUAUUUACUCCCCCGAGUCCCCGAGCUGGCUUGCCGAUCAAGGACGAUACGAGGACAGUGAGAAAGUCUUUAGAUGGUUAAGAGGAGAAAGUGAAGAUGAAGAAUUACGGAGGAUGAUUGAAACUAGCAUCAUCGUCAGAGAAUCUAAAGCUGACGCUAACAUUUCACAAUCUUUCACUUCAAAAAUAAAGACCCAAAUUACUUACAUCAAUACUACGGUUAGGAAGAAGGAGUUUUAUAAACCUAUAUUUAUCAUGAUCCACAUUUACACGCUAGGACAAUGGGCUGGAGCCAACAUUUUGGCGGCUUACACGCUAGAUAUUUUCUCUCAUGUCAUUGGGAGUGAUGCAAACAUCUCCUUACUGGUUAUAACUCUGGAUGCUCAAAGGAUUAUCUCCAAUAGCGUUGCUGUGUACGUAAUCAAAAAGAUCAGAAGAAGAACGAUGUUGUUUAUUACUGUUGGAUUGAAUCUGUUCGCGUUCAUUGCUACCGCUGGGUAUACUUACGCCAAAGGUCACAAUAUGUUGCCCUACGAUCAUCCCUUUAUUGGUAUCUUGUUAAUACAUAUACAUAUGUUUACGAUCGCAACAGGAACAGUGCCUCUUCCCUUUAUCAUAGCAGGAGAGCUAUUUCCUUUAGAAUUUAGAAGUCUUGCGGGUGGCUUCAGUGUUUUAUUCCUUUCAUCAAAUCUCUUCAUCACAGUGAAGACUGUUCCUUAUCUAUUCAAAAACUUUGGUAUACAUGGAGCGUAUCUUAUUUACGCCGUAGUGGUUGGAUACUGCUUGGUGAUAGCCUGGUGGUUCCUACCGGAGACGAAAGACCGGACGCUACAAGAAAUAGAAGAUGAGUUCAGAGGAAGACCAAUGUCUCCGGAAGAACUGAAGUCAACACAGUCGCUGACUUCUUUGAAAUAUAUGAACAAAGACAGAAGAUGUAGUAGUCCAGUGAUUUAAAUAUAUUUAAUGAACUAUUGUUAUGUAAUCGUAAAUAAUUUAAGAGAUUGAUAUCACCUAUAUAUUAAGUAAUAUUAACACUAAAAUUUUGACCAUAAUCUUGAAAUAAAGCAAGGUGAAAGAGAUCGAGAUUAAAGUCCGUAAACGUUAGGAAGAUGCGUAAGAAAGCAAUUUGCCACAAAAAAUUCUAUUGACCAAGCUUUUAAUAUACUCAUUGGCAUAUUUUGUUAAUAUACUCAGAAUAUUUUGUAUAUAAACAUAAAACUCAGGCUGAAAAUUAAGACGGUACUUAAGCCAUUUUUAAUUGUACAAAUAGAUUUUCGAACAAAAAACUACGAGUAAUCUGUGACAAUAAUAAUAAUGUAGAUAUUUUUAAUAAUUCAUGCACAGUACUGGAAUGGUGACCACAGACAGGUCGACGCAGUGUGAGCUGGUCUCCCGCAAGAUGGACCUAUGAUCUGGUCAAGGUAGCGGGAGUAUCUUGGAUGCGGGUUACAAAGGACAGAUCAUUGUGGAGAUCUUUGAGAAAGGCAUAUGCCCAGCAGUGAGCGUUACGUUAAAGAAGAAGAUAGUUUUUAAAUUUUACAUAUAUUUAGUGUAAAUAUAAAACAAUAUUUAUAUGUUUUAAUGAACUUUCAAUAGAAAUCAUAUAUUCUGAUUACACAUUGAUCAAAAACGAAGAUAAUGUCAGAGAGAAAUUCUGUUACUAUAUUUAU